CCUGCAGGGCCCUCCCAUGGACUCCAGCAAGAAGGUGGACCUGAAGAUAAUCAUCAUAGGAGCCCUGGGCGUGGGCAAGACCUCCCUGCUGCACCAGUACGUGCACAAGACCUUCUACGAGGACUACCGCACCACGCUGGGCGCCAGCAUCCUCACCAAGGUCAUCGCCGUGGACAACACUCCGCUGAAGCUGCAGAUCUGGGACACGGGGGGACAGGAGCGGUUCCGGUCCAUGGUGUCCACCUUCUACAAGGGCUCUGAUGGCUGCAUGCUGGCUUUCGACGUGACCGACAGGGAGUCCUUCGAGUCCCUGGAUAACUGGAGGGAUGAUUUCCUGGAGAAGGUCAUCCCAAGGGAGCCCGACUUCCCCAUGGUUGUGCUGGGGAACAAAAUAGACAUCUGCGACCGGCAGGUGUCCGAGGAGCUCGCCUUGGCCUGGUGCAAGGACAAAGACAUCCCGUACUUCGAAGUCAGCGCCAAGAACGGCAUCAACGUGGCGCAGGCCUUCGAGACGCUGGCCAAGCAGGCGCUGCUCAUGCCCUCCUCCGUGCUCUGGAACGUGGCGCUCGCUGCGUUUUAUCUCGGGUGGGAGCCGCAGGCCCUGGGACGCUUCGGCCACGACCGGUUCCCGGCGUGA